CAGCUCUCCAACAUUACCAAAUGUGUCAGCAUUGCGCCCCAGCCGGUAUCCAGCAAUAUGGCCAAGCUGCUCUCGUGUGGUCAUAGAUCUCAUGAGUUCUCAAGGACUUGUUCCCCACGGACGAAAACAUAAAGAAGCCAGAUCCGUCGCCUCGCUUUUGCGCAAAUCCAGACCCAAUUCAGACGCCACAAGAUCUUUGCAAUAUGUGCGACGAACAAUGGCCGGUCUGCACACCUUGCAUGAAAAGUGGCCGUGAUUGCCCUGGCCCACCUGAUCGCUACAAGUUCAUGAAGUCCCGGAGGAAGUUCCAGAAAGAGAAAUCUGUUUCAGGUAGUCCUAAUGAUGACCAGGGUAAUUCCAUCACUUCCCCAAAUGAGCCAAUCGAUGAGACGUCAGCAAGCUCGAAUGGGAUUAUAGUGAAAGUCUCUAGUGGACAUCUCUCCUGGAAUUACACCGAUGUCCAGAUCAAGAAGCCAAAGUCCGUGUCGCUGGCACGUGGAAGUCCACAAGUCGUAACCUCUUCCAUGCCUAUGCUCAUGUCAAUGACACGGUCCGAGAUGCUGGCGUGUGACCUCAUUGGAGCCUUAAGCAUGGACGCCAUAGACAUAAGCUCGAAGACGUUCUGCUUCAGCCAUUUGUUUAAUGAGCUACCCAGAUAUCUGGGAGUGUCUCCAGCCCUUGACGCGGCCACAGAAUGCAUCAGCGCCAGUGUCAAGGGCUGUUUGUCAGGCGACGACGCCUACUAUGGUAAUUUUAUAUCUCGAAAGUAUGGCAAGGCUUUGCAGCUACUGCGGGAGGCGAUUAAAGACCCUGAUCAGCGCUAUUCUGACUACACACUCGCAGCGAUCAUGAUUAUAUGGCGCAACGAGGGCUUCUUCAUGGACAAUCCUUAUUGGCUUUGGACUUCGGGCCAUAUGCAAGCCAUCUAUGACUUGAUCAAAAUCCGGGGCUGCGGAAAUCUUGACAACACAUUCAGCUUCCUCCUCCUGCUGGAUUGCCAGACAGGUAUUAUCGGUCACUCCAUCUACACUGGGCAGCCAUGCUUCAUGGAUUCUCCAGACUGGCAGGUUGCUCUUUCUCCUCGCAACGGAAGGAGUGAUAUAUCAAUGUUGUACUACUCCGUCCAUAGAGAGACAACUCGAUGGGGCAGUCUUCUUAAAUCCAUUGCCACGAUUCGUGAUACUCCAGACCCCGGAGCAUGUCCCGACCUACCGAGUGCUCUCAACCGAGCGAUUCAGAUAUCACAAACAUUACGAUUCAUCGAUUCACGCAUCGAAGACUUGAUCAAAGAAACGACGACCAUACAACCAUCGGAGACAGGUGAUGAACUGGUACCACUUGUGUAUCAUUUCAAAGAUCCAGCACUCGUGGGAUUGAUCGCGUGGCAUACUACGUAUGCUAUUUCCAUUAAUCGGGCUGUCCAGUACCUCUUCUCUCUAUCAGCACAGUCCUCAGGAAAUCUAUUCGAAGCUGUGAGCGAAGAUAAGAUGAUUUUUGAUCUGUACCAAAAGCGCAACCUCGCGCUGUGCCGUCGUUGCUGGAUGUGCUUCGAGCAGGUACGUCAUUGGAAGCCACUCGGGUGUCACUUUCUUCUUAGUCCUCUUCGAGCCAGCGCACGUUACGCAGAUACGCCAGAGAUGAAGGCUUGGAUCGAUACGGCUUCUCGGGACGUAGCUGACUACCUACCCUGGCGAAGUCCGUUCAGCCAAGAAGCAAUUCAGGAAUGGUGCCGGAAAGUGUGCGGAGAGGAUGUCUUCUGACACGACGUACCAGCGUAUGAUGUGCCCAGUGCUGAGAUUCCGGGACAGACCAUAAUCUGAAACCCAAGACGUAUGCCAUCCAAGGCUUGUUGACAUGAGAGUAGCCGAACCAUGAUAUGCUAAAAACUGACUUCCGCCCCUGUAUCGUGCGAUUGAUUUCGUUAUCCUGCCACCGAUCGAGGGCCACCAGCAUCGAUGACCCAAUGACCGGAGUAAUAGUGGUGGCGUACGUACUUGUCAAGGCCUGUUAGCUGUGCGGCCUCAGGCAGAGACUAUUUCGCCGUGUCCGGGCCGUGGCAAGUGCGGAACAAGCUUGGCAUAGGCGCA